CGCGUCGAAAGAAGCAAGGCGAAACGUCGGUUGAAGAAUGAAUCGAAUCAUACAACACCGACAUUUCUCAACUCGCUCCUGUCUUUGGCAUUGUACAUUCGUUGCUUGACCCUCUACUAAUAGAUGUUAUAAAAGAACAAGCAUCACCCUCGUGGCAGCGCCUGGAUCUUGAUAUACAAUAUAAUACUUCCCUUCAAUCCGCUUAAUACCGCCGUUUCUAAAUACCAGCACAAGUUGGAACGCGACGAUAUUCCCUCCUUUUCAGAGCCAUGCCUUUACUCUCAAUGCCGUCGAUACACUCUCUCAUCUCGUGGCGAACAGUCGCAAUAAUAUUCGCCGUCGUCAACCUCAAAGCCCUACCGCUAGCAUGGCAUUUCCGACUUUUGUACCGCAUGCUUGCCAACUGGUACAGCGAGGCGCGGAUCAAACGUACGGCCUCACUGGCAGUAGUCGGAACCUCUCCUACACAUCGGCAUCCUCUGUUUGAACCGGUUUCUAUAUUCUCGCAUUCGCCGCUGCUCGAAACCGACUACAACCUGCACAAGAGCAACAGCACUUACUUCUCCGACCUGGACGAGAGCAGGACUGCCCUGAUGACCAAGGUUCUGAUCCCAGGCCUGAAGCAGGGCGCGAAAAACCUAGAAAGGGACGGACACAGGGGCAGAUUGGCGGUCAUCCUGGGCAGUGUGCACACCUCGUUUCACCGUGAGAUUGCGCCCUAUGAACGGUACGAGGUCCGCUCGCGCGUGCUGGGCUGGGACCGGAAAUGGAUCGUCGUGGCCAGCUGGUUCAUUCGACCUGCCAAAAGGGGGAAAGAGGAGGUCUUGUUGGCGUCCGCUUUGAGCAAAUACGUGGUCAAAAAGGGUCGGUUUACAGUUCCUCCUGAACGAUGCUUCGCUACGGCCGGUUGGCUGCCUCCAAAGCCGGCGGAUUCAGAGAAACCGCAAGCGGAAGCGGCUAAAGAAGCUGCGUCUGAACCGUCCGCGGAUACCACUCCGGAAGGCCUCCAAGCAUCGGUUCCUGAACCGGCGCUCGCCGCCACGACGGAAUUGGUUGAAAAGCUGGAGACCACAACAGAGAAGGUGUCGCAAAGUGAUGUUACAGAGUCCCGGGAACCGUCUACCGCCUCAUUUAAAGAGGACGACUGGGAUUGGCAUCGCAUUGAAAAGGAGCGUCUCCGCGGUCUGGCCGUGGCGGCGAACUGGUUGGCAUUGGAUCAGGAGCUUCUGGAGGAGUUCUCGCGCGGAUAGAAUCUGCUUCAUAUCGCGCAGCCCUCGUCGCACGUAGCACUGGCAGUUGGGCCGCUGUCCUCCCAGAUGGUGGUUGUGGGGACUCACAAUAGAAGCCUCUUGCGUAUAUAGAUUAGAUUGCAGUAUUGGAACAGCAGGGCGUUCUGGCUACGAGGGAUGAGGAUUACAAUACUUUGUAUAUACAAUUAUGGAGGGCAUAUUAAUUUUAUACUUUUCAUGGAGUCUACCUACGUACAGAAUCACAGCGAAAGAUAACGAUAUAGAAGGCCCAUUUUUGAGGAAGUCAGAAAAAGGGUUGAGCGCGAUCCAAAACGAUAGUUGACAUUGCCUUCUUAGACUUUGGCUUCAAUCUGACUUUCGCAAUCAUCCAGCACCAUCCUGUCGAGGGCCAAAACAGACGGAAACGCUGCGUUUGAGUAAAGGAGAACGCCGAAUACGCCGAAUUUUCAGCGGCCUGUUACGUCGCUGAGCUAGACAGCCGCAAGGGGGGAACAAUAUGAAUCGCCCUUCGACCGUG